UGUGUUGCGAGGCUUGGUCAAAAGGGCAAUUUUUUUGUUGUGGCGGCGAAAAAUAAACCACUUCUACAUGUGCUUUCCGCAAAUAGUCGGAAACGAUUUCACGUAAAAAGUGUUUUGCCUAAACCGUUGCAUCAUUUGGCGAUCACACCGGAUGGCACCGUGCUGUUUGCUGCUGUCGGCAAUCAGAUUCGCACAUGGAUGAUUGCCACGGGCGAGUUUGUUUCGAUUGUAAACGCCCAUUACUGUGCUAUUACCAAUUUGGUGCUCAGUUCCGAUGGCUCGCUUUUGGUGUCGGGCACCGAGGAUGGCAGCUUAUGUGUUUUCAUCGUUGCUGAGUGA